AUGGUCGUCACUCACAUCGUGCUAUUUCAGUUCAAGCCUGGCCUGACUCCAGAAGUGAUCAAUCAGGCCUGCCAGGACGUUCUCGCACUGAAGCAUCGAUGCAUUCACCCGGCGACCGGGCAGCCCUACAUCGUCUCCUUCCACGGUGGCAAGGAUCAUUCACCCGAGGGAAUGCAACAUGGGAUUACCCACGGGUUCGUAGCGGAGUUCGAGUCGCCUGAGGAUCGGGACUACUACGUCUCCAGCGAUCCAGUUCACUUGGGACUGGGAAGGGAGCUACAUCCUUCAGUUGGCCAGGUUAUCGUGGUAGACUUCACAGGGGAUGUUAUAUAA